AUGCACGGCCUUGUUGCAGCAAAUACUUUGGUGGCUGCAUCGGCUGCUUCGGUCUGGCAAGUCUACGGCACCCUUAACGUCCUCGCAAUUAUCAAUACAUAUUUGCCAGAUGUGCUUGGAAGAGUAGAAGUCCUUAAAGGUGAUGGACAUGUUGGCACAAUUCUGAACGUUACAUUUCCACCAGGGACUCCUGGAGUUGGUUAUAUGAGGGAAGAGAUUAUAAAGGUUAAAAAUAAGACACGCGUGAAGGAAACAAAAACCCUUAAAGGAGGAUUCAUAGCAUUGGGCUUCAAGCGUUAUGUAACUCAAUAUAAAAUUAUUAAAAAAAAUUCUACAUCAAGUAUUAUAAGAUCAACAAUAAAAUAUAAGAUUGAUCAUAAGUUAGCAAAUCUUACUUCCCUGGUAAACACCGAUCUGGUGCAAAUACUUGCAGAAACUGUUGGGAAGUACGUGACUGGGGAGCUGGCACCUCCCCCUUCAUAG